ACACCUUGCGCGCGCCACCGCCACCGCAACCGCCGCCGCAAUGUCCGUCACCGCCGGGGUCGCCCUCGCCGUCGCCGACGCGGUGUGGGCGGAGAUCAGGUCCGCGGGCCAAGCCUCCGACGAGCACCUAUCCAUCCUCGAGGCCUUGUUCGGCAAGAACAUGGUGCGCGCCUGCAAGAUCCUCGACGAGGGCGGCGUCCGCCGCGUCACCGGCGCGCCCAGCGGCCGCUCGCUCUUCCUUGUGAUGGGGGAGUCGAGGAGGAAGGAGGAGUACAUCUGCUUCCCAGAGCACCUCUGCACCUGCUACUCCUUCUUCUACGACAUCGUCGGCCGCGGCGAGCAGCUCUGCUGCAAGCACCAGUUAGCAGCCCGACUUGCGGAGGCCGUCAGUAAGCACCAGGACAUUGAGGUAACCGAUGAGGAGUUGGCCCACAUGCUUGCUAAACUCUGAAAGUUUCAGAAUUUCGGUACUUCAGCAAUGCACAUGAAGUUUGGGACGAAUUGAUUUUUAAGAAGGAUUCUAACACUAGUACCGUUGUGCAAAAUGACUGAUCUCAGUGCAAAGAACUGAAUGAUGCUUGCUAUAUAAUAUCAGCUAGAUGAGUUAUCCUCGAAUAUUAGGCGUUCUCAUGUAGCUGACAGGUAUAAUGUGAGGCGUCAUGGUUUUAUCAUUUUGUUGUUAUGCUUGUUGUUGUAUUGAAUGUUAAUUAGCUUCAAGAAUGAGGGGAAAUGUGUGAUAUUCUUCAUUCUUGUGAAGAGAUUUAUAAAUUUGUUCCUUUGUUACUGAGUUA